AUUGACAGACGGUCAGUACAGCGAAGAAUGCAUUAUCAAUUAACAAAUAUAGAGUAGUAAGAAAAUUAACUUAUUCUGAUUUACCAGAGCAAUAAUAAAUAUAAGAAUCCAUAUUGGAAAUAUAUAGAGGCAUAAGGUGAACAAAUUUUGCUUCUAGUCAUGAAAACAUUGGAGGAUAUUCAGAAUGAAUUUCCCCUGCACUGGCUGGUGUGGAUCAACAACGUAGAUGAGUUAAAACGGGUGUUGAAAACGGAAACGGUGAGGAAGUGAAUGACGAUAAUGAAGAUGAUUCGAAAUAAAGAUUAGUGAUGGUGACUAUGUCAAUAUAAACAAACCACUAGUGGGACUUUAUAUUCACUAAGAAUAUUAAUUUUCAACAUAUAUGGUUUCAAAUAGCCAAAGAUUUAUUGUUUCCAAUCGCCAUAAAAGGGGUGCUCAGCUACCCGGUGAUAUGUCAAAUUACAUCAAUAUGCUAAUUUAAUUAAAGAUCGACAAAGAAAAAGUCGAUAACCGUGGGCGGACACCUUUAAUGUUAGCGGUUAAAUUAUCACAUUUACAAUGUGUGAAGUGCCUUUUAGCAGCAAAAUGUAACGCCAGCUUUGAACAUGAGGGAUGGUCAGUUGUACAAGAAGCCGUGUGUUCAGGAGAUGAAGCUAUAUUAACCGCUAUCAUAGAAGUCCGCGAUUUGCAACGUCAUGUUCAACGAGUAACGCAUGUACCAAAAUUGCUGCAGCACUUAUUAGACGCUCCUGAUUUCUAUAUAGAAAUGAAAUGGGAAUUUACAUCUUGGGUACCUCUAAUGUCUCGGCUUUGUCCUAGUGACACCUACAAAGUUUAUAAACGUGGUGCGAAUGUCCGAAUCGAUACCACAUUGCUUGGCUUUGAUAACAAUACUUGGCAACGAGGGAAUCGCUCAUACAUUUUCAAAGGAGCAAAAGACUCUGCAGUAAUGAUUGAAAUCGAUCACGACACUCAUGAAGUCAUGGAGGAACAAAUGAAUAGUGAUAUUGGAGAUAUUGUGGCAAUUCCACCCCCAAUUGGAGCUGUCCGUGCUAGGCUCAAUGCGCCUGUUAUUACGAAUAACAUUGAAAUGGAUAAGAUAAGCUUUGAACGUAACAAAUCAGGGAUUUGGGGCUGGCGGAGUGAAAAGUCCGAGAUAGUCAAUGGAUACAAUUGCAAAGUGUAUGGUGCGAGCAAUGUUGAGUUUAUAACACGCACCCGAAUGGAUCAUUUGAAUGAAGAGCAAAUAAAGAAUAAAUGUGCGCGCACGCCACUGCAUAGCUUUUUAGGUAUUGCUGAUGAUGAAGUUUCUAGUACACGCUCUAAUGAGGGAAUAAAUUCCAAAGAUCGGACACCUUCUCCCUCCGUUGAAACCCAAUGUCGAGAGGAAUUUCUUGAAAAUAGUACAGGAGAGGAGAACGCCAGUUGUAGUUCAGGUACUACUUCACCCAAGUUCGUUAUUACUCCAGAGGAAUACUUUUCUGUCGAUGUCGAUUUAGAUGGAUGCGACAUUGGCCGUCCCAAGAAAGUCACAACUAAGGUUCAGAGAUUUAAGGCUAACUUAUGGCUCUCCGAAGAGUAUCCGAUGCGGUUGCAAGAACAAGUUCUUCCUAUUUUGGAUUUGAUGUCAACAAUGGCAAGUCCGCAUGUUUCCAAAUUGAAAGACUUUAUCACUAUGCAACUGCCAUCGGGUUUCCCGGUAAAAGUUGAAAUACCUCUAUUCCAUCUCUUAAAUGCAUGCAUUACAUUUGGCAAUGUAUUUGGUAUGACAAGCGCUGUAGAAAAUGUAACUACUAUUAAUGAAGACGAUCGCAUAACCUGUAUUGUGGAUGAUCGCUGCUUUGAUAUACCAACCCAUUAUUCCAAUAGAGAUGUGGACUUAAGACGGCAAUUGCCGUUGGAGGAAGAUGAUAUGUUACAAUACGCCAUUGAACAAAGCAUGGUACAGACCACGAACAGAGCUGCUUCUAUACCAAAUAUUACAGAUGAUACGGAUAAAGUGGAUAUAUGGGAAGCAUUACGUGGGCAAGGAACCGAUGGAGUUCCGGAUGAAGACGAACAGUUACAGAGAGUUCUACAGGAGUCAUUAUGCGGUGCAACACAUACCACUGGGUCCCCAGUGAUAGACGAUGAUGAUGGCGGAUUUCGAUACGUGGAUCCUGAUCUAGCAAUGGCUUUGCGUCUUAGCCGUAAUGAUCAGGAAGAAUAUGAAUUGGCGAUGCAGCGAGAACAAGAAAUGCUUGAGCGGGCCUUAAAGUUGAGUCUGCAGGAAAACUAAUUUUCCUUUUUCGUGCAAAAUAAAAAUACGUAUAUUUAAAACGCUGAUACCAUUCAGCCGAAAUGUUUUAAGAUGGAUUCACUUGUGGAUGGAAUAACAAAUAUAAAUUUAAUAAACCGAAUUCUCGUUAGUAAAAAUAAUUAUUGUAAAAACAAGGCAUUAUGUAAGAUUACAAGAUUUCGAUUUCAGUGUAUUUCCUGCGAUUGUACGGGGCUACAAAAUCGGUAUCAUUAUUAGUUAUAUUCGACGGAGAUGUGAUAACAAAAAUUUUGUUGAAUCCAAGUGUUGGUAAAUUAUUAUAAAAAAUUUGUAUAAAACAUAUUAAAAUUUGGAACAAGACGAAUGUAUAAAUAAUGUCCCUAUGGGUUAAUUCGCCUUAAUUUGAAGUCAAAACAGGUCUGUUACAAUCCCAAAGCAUUUAAAAUGAUAAUUACUGAAUUUAGCUGCAAGUGUAAAUUAUACGCAAGUGUCAAAAUUAUAUAGUAAUCAUCCUUAAAUUCCAAAUCCUUUCUCUAAAAUAAUAGGCAAUUUUUUUUGCAAUUGCCAUACUAUCGGAUUAAAAAUUCAAUGGGAAAAACUUUAAUGGUUUUAGAUUUUGUUUGGACCGAGAUUUGAACCUACGUCCCGUCGAGUCACUCACUGCUUCUUGAUGGUAUUAGUAGGAAUGAUGCCAUGUUGACAGCUCUUGUCCUGAAUGCCAGGUAUGUUUGUCCCGGCUAUCGUGCGAACUGAGUAAUCAAGCACUUCGGAGGGCGCCAUCAGCUCCUUUCUAUUAAUACUUUAUUAUAAGAGUUAUUAAUGCUCCGAGUUUUAACAGAAACACCAUU